AUGGCCAAGCGCACGAAGAAGGUCGGCGUGACCGGUAAGUACGGUACCCGUUAUGGUGCUUCCCUGAGGAAGCAGAUCAAGAAGAUGGAAAUCACGCAGCACGCUCGCUACACGUGCACCUUCUGCGGCAAGGACUCCGUCAAGAGGACCGCUGUGGGCAUCUGGCACUGCAAGGGCUGCGGCAAGACUCUCGCUGGUGGCGCCUGGGUGAUGAACACCACCGCCGCCGCUACCGUGAGGUCGACUGUCCGUCGUCUCCGUGAGAUGAAGACCGCCUAA